CCAAAAACACAACCGUAGUUCCUCCAUCGGCAAUUUUGGGGCCUGAGGUUGAUCACACGUCGGAGGUCUUAACAAGUUCUUUCAUCGAAAGUUCCAGAAAGGACUUUCACUUUCCUCCCGUCACCCUUUCUCCGCGGAGAGAGAGAAAAGCGAACCAUGGCGAGGCAUUUCUAAUUCCUAACGAUUUCUAUCCCUGAUCUGACUCUAAUUCCAAUCAAUUCCCUCCAAUAUUAGCAUCUACAUUCUCCCAUUUUCCUCGAUUUUAUCCGUAGAAAUCCUCAAAUUAUUAUUUGAUUAUAGCAUUUCUUCUCCAUUUUUUUUUUUUUUUUGGAGGAAAAAGACUCGAUCUUUUGGAUAAAGAUUGGAUUGUUUUCCAAUAUUUUACCUUUAUAUGGUCCCGAGAUUGGGCUGGAGUCUAGCGGCAUGGACCCAGCGGUGAAGCCGUCGUCGAUGGCGGAGGCGGUGAUGCUGACGUCGGGCGCGAGCGGCCGGGUAAACGCCCUGCUCUCCCUCCGCUUUCUCCGUCGCCUCCUCCUACUCCUCAAUGCAGUCCUCCUCUUCGUUCUCUUUCCGUUCCGGUGGCGGCCGGGUUUGCCGCCGUGCCCGGGCCCUGCGGCGAGGGAUGACCGGCGCGAGGGUAGUAGGAAGAGCGGGGCGGGGGCGGUGGUCGUGAGGGUGCCGGCGGCAAUGGUGCCGCGAAGGCAGAGGGAGCAGGAGGCCGCGGCGAGGCGCGCGGCCGCGGUCCGGCGGGUGCUGGCAGCUAGGGAGGAGGGAAGGAGAGGGAGAGAUUUCUCGUUAUUUGUGACGGCGAGAGGGGAGACGCUCUUCACCCAGUCGUGGGCUCCCGACACCGUCAAGACCAGGGGCGUGCUUAUUCUAAUGCAUGGUCUGAAUGAACACAGUGGCAGAUAUGAUCAUUUUGCAAAGAAACUGAAUGAUAAUGGUUUCAAAGUGUAUGCCAUGGAUUGGAUUGAUUCAGAAAUCUUUUUUGGGGACCAGAUCUUGGCAUUUUGGGAGUUAUGUAUAGAGGGCAUGGUGGAAGUGAUGGCUUACAUGGAUAUGUCCAAUCCCUUGAUUAUGCUGUCAGCGACUUGGUAUCAACACUCAACCUUAAAAGCAUUUUUGGAGAAGGUGUUGGCAGAGAAUUCAGGCUUCCCAUGCUUUUUCUUUGGACAUUCAACAGGUGCAGCUAUUGUACUAAAGGCAGUACUUGACCCAAAGGUAGAAGCUUGUAUUGAAGGUGUGGUAUUGACAUCGCCAGCUAUACGUGUUCAGCCUUCUCACCCACUUGUCUUGGUGCUGGCCCCGGUCUUUUCCCUCAUCAUUCCAAGAUACCAAUUCACUACUGCAUAUAACAAUGGCCCACCAGUCUUCCGUGACCCUGAGGCACUGAGGUUGAAGUAUUCUGACCCUCUAGUGUUCACUGGUUCCAUCAGAAUGACGACUGGUUAUGAGAUCCUACAAUUAUCAACCUAUUUACAGCAGAAUCUAAACAGAGUUGACGUCCCAUUUCUUGUCCUCCAUGGCACAACUGACACUGUAACUGACCCUGAAGGUUCUCGAAGACUGUACGAGGAGGCCUCCUCAAUGGACAAAUCUAUCAAGCUGUACAAAGGGUUCUUGCACGAUCUCCUUAUCGAACCUGAACGGGAUGAGGUGAUGGAAGACAUAAUUGGCUGGCUGAACUCUAGACUCUGAUUGUUUGAACAGAGCUUGCAGGCGCAGCUGAGUGGGAUCAAUGACAGGAAGAUGGCAAUGUGGCACCAAAUUUUUCAACAUUGGGAGCUGGAAGAGGUAAUAUAAUGAUAUACAGCUGACCACCCACUGGAGUUCUGGAGUGUCAUUUGGAAACAUUCUUGUGAUAUACUUCUGACGUUAUUAUUGAACUUUGUAAUUUUAAUUGCAAGUUGAGAUCUAGAGCUAAAUGAUCCAAGUUGCCGAACCAGCUGAUGAUGCAAUGGAGUGUUGAAGAGCUGGUCUGCAUAUUGUAAACCUAUGCAAAUAAAAUCUCAAUUUUGAGAUGCUAUCAUGAGCAAUAUCUUAUGCGCGUGAGUUUUCAGGACC